UCAUUAAAAAUUAAGACAUUACAACUAACCGAUUCCAUUGAAAGCAAAUACAUUUAUUCAUUACCAUCUAUCACACCUUUGAUUUGCUUUGCAAAUCUUAGCUUAGCUUAGCUUAAACCUCUAAUCUAAACUAAUCUACUUGACAAUGCUUGUCCAUAUCCCCCUCUCACUGUUUUUCUUCACAACCUCCGAAACCAAAACCAAUACCUCAGCUGGCCACGCCAUCCCCUUUUCCACCCACCAGCAUUUCAACGUUAAAGAAUCCGUUUCUCAGGCCAUCAAACUCCAUCCCCUGCCAAAAACCCAGGAGGAAUUCAUCGAUGAAAGCCGCCAUAAGGGGAAGGAGGGUAGUUGGAAGCUCAAGCUCCUGCACAGAGAUAAAUUGCCCUUUUCCCAUAUUACCGACUUCAGCCGCCAAUUCGGAUCCCGAAUGAAAAGGGACGCACACAGAGUGGCCGCCCUCAUUCGCAGAACUCGCAGCGGCGACAGUGGGAAAACCGCCGAGUAUGAGGUGGAGGAGUUCGGGGCGGAGGUGGUUUCCUGUAUGGAUCAAGGGAGUGGAGAAUACUUUGUGAGGAUUGGAGUCGGGAGUCCGGCGAAAAAUCAGUAAAUGGUGAUUGACUAUGGGAGUGAUAUUGUGUGGGUUCAGUGUCAACCUUGUAACUAAUGCUACCAUCAAUAUGACCCGGUGUUCGACCCAUCUCUCUCAAUAGUUUAACAAAUAUUGGGGCCAAAACCCACAAAACCAUUUGAGCCGUCAAUGGAAAUCUGGAGGCCUUCUUGCUCGAUGUUCCCUAUGAUGGAUAGUCCGGUUGGGGAUGGAGCAAAUGCAAAGCGAAACGUGCCCCUUUCAUCAACUUGUAUAAAAAUGUUCGUAGCUGGAAUGGUCAGGAUUGGACCACCCAUCAGGAGAAAUGAUACGGUUGGCCAGAACUGUAACAAACCGGUUUAAGUCCUAGCAUGUGUCCAAUAUUGAGAUGCUGGGUGCCCGAGGAAGGCUGGCAGUUUGCGUCAUAAAUGCCUCGUGCAACGCCGCG